AUGUCAAGAAUCGAAAACGAAAGCGGCUUCAUGUCGUCGGAUAAUGGCAGCGAUCAUUCUGAAGACGACAAGAUCAUGAAGACACCUGAUGCUAGCAAAGAAGACCACCUCAAAUCAAUGUGCAACGCGUACAGUAGCAUUAUUCAACACGUUGGGGAAGAUAUUCAUCGACAAGGACUUCUCAAAACUCCAGAAAGAGCUGCAAAGGCUAUGAUGUACUUCACCAAAGGAUACGAAGAGCAACUUGAUGAGCUUCUCAACGAAGCAGUUUUCGACGAGGAUCACGAUGAGAUGGUGAUUGUCAAAGAUAUUGAGAUGUUUUCGCUAUGCGAACAUCAUUUGGUUCCAUUCUUGGGAAAAGUUCACAUUGGAUAUAUUCCAAACAAAAAGGUUUUGGGGCUCUCGAAGCUGGCAAGAAUCGUAGACAUGUUCAGCAGAAGAUUGCAAGUACAAGAAAGACUAACGAAACAAAUCGCAACUGCUAUGGUUCAGGCUGUACAGCCAAGUGGUGUUGCAGUUGUCAUCGAGGCGAGCCACAUGUGCAUGGUGAUGAGAGGAGUUCAGAAACUGAACGCAACGACAUCAACAUCUUGCAUGCUCGGCGUCUUCCGAGACGAUCCAAAAACUCGCGAAGAAUUUUUGAACCUUAUCAACAAACGAUAA